AAGAACUUAUUCUGUCAAAAUCAAAUUCUAAAUCAGUCUCCGACGUUCGCAACUUAAAUCUUUGGGGCUGUGAGCUAGAUAACGUCAGUGCUCUUAAAAAAUGUACCAGCUUAGAAGUACUAAGUUUGAGUGUCAAUAAUCUCACUACACUGGAUCAACUUGCGGAAUGUAAAAGUUUAAAAGAACUUUAUUUACGAAAGAAUUACAUUAACGAUGCAGAACAAGUAAAACAUUUGACACCGCUAAGAAAUUUAGAAGUACUUUGGUUAUGUGAUAACCCUUGUGCAGAUGAUGAAAAGAAAUAUCGGUACAUAAUUCUUAGGUAUCUGCCUUGGUUGAAAAAAUUGGAUCAUCAUGACGUUACUGAUGAUGAAGUUCUUGCUUCCAUGAGUAGUAACGAAGAGAAAUCAUUUAAUGAAUUCAAUGGAAAUAGUCAGUUGAAGGCAAACGUUAAUAGCGGAAACCUUUUAUUUUAUGGAAAUGGGUCGUUUCCGUCAUCACCAAUGUCUUGGGGGACAGGUUUAAGUUGGUCACAACUUCGAGUACCAAGGUCGAAUUAUGACUCAGAAGAUCAAGCAUCUGUAGUUCACAACGAAAUACAACCAACUAAAGAUCAUGCAAAUAGUUCUUUGACGGUACAUGAGAAUAAUCAAACAGGAAUAUCAAAUGGUAUUUCUGGUAUAGGUGUACGAUCCUUAGUUAAGACAUCUGGAUCUUUAAGUCGAUCACCAUCUGUCAAGACAUCUGGAUCUUUAAGUCGAUCACCAUCUUUACGAUCGCCGUCUUUGACACCGCCUCCAUUGCUAAGUUCUAAUACAGAAAAACUUAAUACGGUGGCAAAAAGCGCAUCAAAAAUAGCUAGACAAAAAUCAAGCAGUAGUUUAGGAACCAGCGUAGAUGGAAAUUUGAAAACUAAUGGAAUUAAACAAGCACGACUACCAGUAAAACCAACAACAUCACUCAUUAGAACACCGUUUCGUACAUCAUCCUCAAAAGUAAAUGAUAAUAAUUUAGAAGAUACUGAACUGGACACAAAGAAUGAACCUCGACAGUCCAAUGUACUUACGGCAGUUCUUGCUUUAAUCGACGAACUCGGUGAAAAGGAUUUACAAGUUGUUCAACGUAAAAUACGACUUUUGACGCUUAAUCGACAGGGUCAACCAAGCA